AAAAAUCAUCAAUGAACUCUCAAGAAAUUCAACCAUCAAAUUCCACACAAAUCCAAAGUGUUGAAAUAUCAAUUCAAAAUCUCAUAAAAAGUUGGGACAAAAAGCAAAGAUGGAAUUUCUUUAUCAUGAAUCCUUCACAACAACCAACAAAACAACAAUGGAGAACAAAUUUAACAAAGUUUUUAGAAUCCACACCUCUUAGAAUUUUCACCAUUGUGUUACUCAUAAUCGAUCUUGUUUUCACAAGUCUUGAUCUCUCUUCAUCUUUGAUAUCCUGCCCGCAAAAUCGGAACGCUAUAAAUCAAGAAACGGAAGAGGUUUGGUACCAUUGGGCAGGUAUAGGGAUCUUGGGAUUGUUAUUUCUGAAGAGUGUAGGCCUUGUUGUAGGUCUAGGAUGCGCGUUUUUUCGAAGACCAGGGUACUUGCUAGAUGGCAUAGUGGUUAUGGUGGCAUUAUUUUUGGAAGCUUAUUUGGAAAAAAACGGAGGAGGAUUACUUCUUGUUGUUAGCUUAUGGAGAGUUGUUAGAGUUGUUGAAAGUGCUUUUGAGUUAAGUGAUGAAGCAAUUGAAGCACAAAUUGAAGAAAUUGUUUGUCAAUUUGAAGAAUUGAAAGAAGAAAAUAAAAGAUUGAUGGAUAGUGUUGUUGAGAAAGAUAAACAAAUUGAAAUACUUCAACAAGAAUUGGAUCAAUACAAAAAAUCAACUUACUAAAGAUACAACUAGAAUUUUAUCUUGUUUUUAGGUAUAUAUAUAAUCAAUUGAUAGAAACUUUAAGUUAUCUGAACAAGUAAAAAUUCAUAUUAAAAAUUUCCCAAAAAGCAGAUUGAACAUGAAAAAUUAGCUCAUAUUAAGUAUUGGUCCAACAUCAAUCGAUAGUUCUUGAUCUUAUGCAUAUUUUUAUUUUAAUUUAGGAUUCUUGUAAUAAAAUAUAUAAAUAUCGAGCAUGAAUAAACUAUAUGUCAGGUUGGUACCCCAAGUGGCAAAAAUUGUCAAAACUGUGCAGUUUAUUGCCCACUGAAUGAAUA